CGGUGACCUACGGUCGAGCUGCCAGUCGAUACAAGUAUUUACAAACAAACACACUUGUUAGACGGAAUAUUUCAAAUAAACUAGUGAGUGACAUGAUAUAAUCAAAAUGAACGGAAAAAGUGAUAAGGAUAUAGAACUUAGAAAUACUAUUAAGAGCAACGUAGAAGCAAAUGGAAAUAGUGUGAAAGAUAAGGAAAAAGAACCAGUGUCUUGUGGUGAAUUAAUAAAAAGAUUCUUCAAUUUCUUUACUGUUGAACCUUUUCUACUAUGUUACAUUCUACCAAUAGCUAUUUCUGGAUUAGCAGUACAAAAGCUGAAUAUAGAGAAGGCAUGUCGCGUAGACUUGAAUAUGUCUGAAGAAAUAUGUCUUAGAGCAGUGAAUGGUGAUGUUAGUGAGAAUGACACGCUGGGAACAGAAGCUCAACUUAAUGCAACAAAACUGGUAGCAGAUAUGACAGCAUGGCAGAAUCCUUUACAAAGUAGCUUCCCUGCUAUUGUAAUUCUGAAUGUAGGAGCGUGGAGUGACAAGACAGGCAACAGAAAAGCUUUGAUGCUGAUACCUGUUAUAGGCGAAAUUAUUUCGUCAAUUGGUCUGCUCUUUGCAACAUACUUCUUCCUAGAAUGGCCAUUGUGGGCGACUGCAUUAAUAGAAGCUUUGCCUUCAGCUCUGACAGGAGGUUAUGCAAUCGCUUUGAUGGGCUCAUACAGUUUCAUAGCAGAUCUAACAUCUGUUGAAUCGAGAACAUUUAGAAUCGGAUUAGUUGGCAUUAUUGUGACAUUAGGUGUUCCAUUUGGUACAUCCAUCAGUGGCGUUUUGACAGAAGCAGUUGGUUACUAUGGAAUAUUUGGCAUCAACUUGGGUAUAUACUUGUUCGCGUUUAUAUAUGCUUACUUCAAGAUCCACAAUGUGAGAACGGUUAAAUUGGAAGGAACUAGGAUGCAGAAAUUGCUUGAUUUCUUCCAUCCCAGAAAUGUAUGGGAUACGGUAUCAUUAGUCUUCAUGUCUCGAGGGAAGCAGUUGGUACAAAUAAUUCUGGUAAUUUGUGCGCAUAUCGUCAUCAUGGGACCGGUUUUCGGUGAAUCGGCGGUGCUUUUCUUGUAUGCUUUGACUAAGUUUAGCAUGAGUGUCGUAGAUCUCAGCUUCUUUAGUACUUAUUCUAUAUUGAUGGGCACUGCAGGUUCAGCAGUAGCAGUAACGCUAUUCAGUAAGAAGCUGAAAAUGCAUGACACACUCUUAGGCAUCAUAGCCACAGCAUGCAAGACAGUCUCGGCAUACGUUUACGGGCUGGCUCCAACAAGAAACUGGUUAUAUGCAGCUCCUGUGUUCGAUUUCUUUGGCAAUUCUGGAGCUAUUGCCAUCAGGUCUCUUGGUACUAAAGUUGUGGAGCAGGAUAAAGUUGGUAAAAUAUGUUCAUUGAUUGGCUUCGUGGAAACUCUGAUUCCUGUGAUAUACAUACCUUUGUAUAGCAAGUUAUUCUCCAAUACUGUGGAAACUUUGCCCGGAGCUGUGUACCUGCUUGGGGGAACCAUGACUAUACCGGCAUUUUUGAUAUUUAUAGCUCUGUACGUCAUGCACAGGCGACAAGAAAGGGACACAGUGAAGAACCCAGCUGCGAAGGAGAUGUAUGCUCAUGACAACGACGUCACCGCAUUAUAGUUUCGUAAAGAUGAACAUACAAAUACAUAAUAAUAUAGAGUAAGAAAAAAUACCGCCAUAAUUAACUAUCUGAGAAUUGAUUAAUUUUAAGUCUUUAGAAGUUCUAAUUUUUAUUUUCGUCAUCAUAAGAAUCCAGGGGCCCUAAAGUUGCUUGAGAUAAGCAAUCCUUGAAGGGUCUUAAAUUUAAGGACAGAUGGUACAAAGUCUUAUGUUGAAUUUUUUUGUCACAUUUCAGUGUUUCGACACACUAUUGAUAUAACAAGUCAUGUAUAGACAGCACAUCGACAUGUCAAAUUCCUUCAAUAGCUUUUCAACCUUAUACACACAAUAGCGGAAGGUUAAUGAUCGAUUGGUAAAAGACAUGUCUGUACCUAUAUUAACAUAUAUUUGUAACAUGGAUAGAUAUUUUGUAUUGUAAGUAAUUUGUGAUAAAUUAUAUUUUUAAAUAUCAUAGAUAGGGUAUCUAGUUUAUAAAAAUAAAUAAAAAAACCUUAUAAUAUUUUUAGUUUUUCACGGUUAGUCACGGUUGAUAUUGUAACAGGUUUUAGAAACCUGAAUGAUUAACAUUAGGAUUAUUAUAUAAUUAUGCAAACAAAAUGAUAUUGUUAAUAAAUCUUGUUGUAGAUAA